CCUUGGAACACUUACGGUUAAUGAGCGAGGGUAUAAUCUUGAGUUGCAUCAUCCCAAUAUCUCAACUAUGAUCAUGUGAUGAUCCCAAGCUUGUGGAUACAAUAGCAUUCAGCUGUCCAGCAUGACGAAGAAACACAAAAUUAGAAAGUCCAGGCAUCUACUGGAGAACAAAAAGGGUGUUGAUGAGAAUGUGGAGCAAAUUCUACGAAUGAUCGGAGAAGAGAAUCAGCUGGCUGAAAGUGAAGCAGAUGAUUCUGGAAAUUCCUUCAAGAAAUCAAAGCUAUCUUCCCUUGUAAAGGGUUUCCACAAAGACUAUCAAUACCUUCACAAGCACUGCAAACAGCUAAUCAGUAAACUAGAAAACACUGGUCACAGUUCCAGUGGUUCAGAUUCAUCUGGUUCAGACUCGGAAGCAGACAGAUCAGAUAAUGAUGUUCCUAAGCCAAAAGCAGACACAGCCAAUGAAGAAGAUGGUUGGGAGCAAAUCCUUGUUGGAGAACAUGAAAGUGAAUUACAGAGUAUGGAGGAAGAAAUUCAGAAGCUGAAACAAAAUGCAGAAGAAAAAACGAAGGAAAUAUCUGAUCUGAAGAAGCUAUUGGAUAAAGCAAUAACGGACAAAGAAGCCAGUAGAGUAGAAUUAUCAUCAGAUGUUGCAAAUUUGUCAUCCGAUAACGAACAGCUCAAAUUAUUGGUUGAAGGUGCAGAGAAAGAGGUGGCAGAAUCGCUGAAGAGAAAAACAGUCAUGGAGAAUGAGAUCAAAAUAUUAUCCGACGAGAAGCAAAUAAUCGCAAGAGAGAGAGAUGGCCUCAAGAUUUCAAUUGUAGACCUGGAGAACAAGAGGGAAGAUAUGGGCAACCAACUGCGAGAUACAGUGGAGAAAUCCAAGUCUUUGUCAUCCCACCUUGAGAAGGCCCAGUUAGCUGAGAAAGAAGUGCAGACCUUGUUAUCAGAAAUCCAAGAAUCCAAGAAUGAGAACUUGAUGCUGUCAGUGCAAUGUGAUAACCUGAAAGCAAAAGAGGAGAAUUUGCAUACUGAGUGUUCCGAACUGAGGGAAACUCUUGUUGAAACAAAAACUGAAAAUGAUAUCUUGAUUGGAGAAAACAAUUCACUGGAAAGCAAGCUUCAACAUUUAACAAUACAGAUAGAUAAUUUGACAGUGGAGAAAGAGGAUCUAAUGAACAAUCUGAGCAAGGAACUUGGAGCUGCACAAGAAGAAAAAUCAAUACUAGAAUCAGAACAUUCCAAUUGUUUGAAUGAGUUGGAGAUGGCACAAUGCAGCGUCAAAGAACUAGAGAAGGAAAUGGAAUCAACAAAACUUGCUCUGAAUGAUAAUAUUGCAGAGCUAGAGAAAGAGAAGCAUUCUGCGGCAUUAGAGCAAAAUCAGUUAGAAGCUUCUCUGAAGAAACUUGAGAAUGAGUUCGAACAGCAACUUGAGCGAAUUUCCGUUAUGGAGAAGAAUAACGAGAACCUGGAGUUGGUGAAUUCAAGUCUACAAAAUGAACUAGCAGCAGUACAGGCAAAGAAUGAAGCUGUUGCUUCUACUGUUGAUCUUGAAAGUAAGUUACAACAACAAAACCAACAAAUUUCAAUUCUUCACGAGGCCAUUGAAGAUCUCAGAGCAGCGAAGAAUGAUAUGUAUAAUGAGGUUAUAGUUCACCUGGAGGAAAAAAUGCAGCACUUGCUCAGUUCUGACCAGUCGGAGGUUUACCUCAAGAAUCUUCAGAGUGAAAUGGAACAGAAACAGAACCAAAUUUCAGUUUUUCAGCAAGCUAAUGAUGAACUGAAGGAGAAAAUUUCUAGCUUGGAUAGGCAGCUAGAGGAUGCUAAGACUAAUAUGCAAGAGGAGAUCAUUCUGUUACAAGGAGAGAAGGAACAAACCCUUGAUAAUUUACAAAAGUCAAAUGCUUCAGUCAAGAGACUUGAAUAUGAGUUAGAGCAGCAAAGAGAAAACAACUAUAUUCUACAGCUUGCCAAUGAAGAUCUGAAGAAGAGUAACUCUAACCUGAAGAAACAAAAUGAAGAGGCCAUGGUUAGUUUCCAUGCUGAAAUUGUAGCAAUUCAAGACGAGAAGAAUAAAACCCUCUCAGAGUUGCAGCAGUCCUUGGUUUCCACUGAGAAUCUUAGAAUUGAGUUAGAUCAAGGGCGAGAACAAAUUUCGAUCUUGCAUCUAGCUAAUGAAGACAUGAAGAAUAGCAAUGCUAGCUUGAACAAGCAAUGGGAGGAAUCAAGGAGCAGCUUGCUUGAGGAGAUUGUAACACUACGUGGAGAGAAGGAGACAGCCCUGUCAGAGUUACAGGAGUCCCACGCUUCCACCAGGAACCUUGAGAUAGAGGUAGAAAAGCAAAGUGCAAGUGUUUCAGCUCUACAGCAAGCUAAUGAUGACUUACAGAACAAGAUCAGUUCCCUGACCGAACAAUUUGAAAAAACCAAGGUUGAGUUGCAGAAGGAGAUUAAAGUGACACAAGAAGAGAAAGAUAAGGUAAUAACCCAACUAAAACAGUCAGAGUUUUCUGUUAAGAACCUUGAGUGUGAGAUAGCUCGGUUGAAGGAGGAUCUUUCAAUUCAGCUAGAAAACAAUUCCACCUUGGAAAAGCAAUUGGAAGAAUCAAGGACCAGUCUGCGCAUGGAUAUUCUAGCACUUCGUGAAGAGAAGGAAACAGCCCUGUCAGACUUACAGCAGUCUCAAGCUUCUGUGAGAAGCUUUGAGAGAGAUCUAGAAAAGCAAAGUCAGACCAUUUCAGCAUUACAGAAAGCUAAUGAGGGUUCACAACAGAACAACUCCGUCUUGACGAAACAGUUGGAAGAAGUUAAGGUUGAGUUACAGAGGAAGGUUGAGGUAGCACAGGAAGAGAAGGAUACAUUAUUAACACAACUAAAACAGUCAGAGUCUUCUUUCAAGAAUCUUGAGAGUGAGAUGGUGCAGCUGAAGGAGGAUCACUUGGUUCAGCUGGAAAACAAUUCCAGCUUGGAAAAACAGUUUGAAGAGGCAAUAUUAAAAGUUUCAAACUUGCAUGAGAAACUCGAGAAGGUUCAGGCUGAUGCAGCUAGUCAAAUUAAUGACAUGAAUAGUAACGCAAAAGAUUUACAGAAGAUAACUGAUACAUUGUCAUCUCAGAAGACCAAGGUGGAGGGGGAUCUGAAAAAUAUGAUUCAAACAUGCACCGAAAACAUGUCACUCAUGAGUGAAUUUGAAGAUAGAGUUAAGCAGAAAAUUACAGGUCUUGAAACAAAACUUGGUGGUCUCCAGCAGAGCCUCAGAGGGAUACUUAGUGCUUAUCAGAGACACCAGCACCAAUAUGACGAGGUGUGCGUAAAGGUGUCCCAGCUUGAAGUACUUAAGAAAAAUCAGAUUGAAAAGAUAAAUAUGCUAGAGGAGAAAAGCACAGAAAUUUUGGUGAAACAUCGGCAUUUGGAAGAGGAAAAGCUAUAUGCAAACAAGGAGAAUGAAAAUUUGCAGAAGCAAGUCCAGGAAAGUGAAAACCAGCUCCAACUAGCCAAGCAGAAGCUUAAAGUAACUGAAGCAGACAGCAAAUGCAAAGAAGACAACUAUGUAGUGGAAGUGGAAAAAUCACAGGCAAAGAUCAGGCAUCUUGAACAGGAAGCACAACAGUUUUCUGGAAGGAUCAGCACGCUGGAAGGAACUCUUGCGCAAAUAAAAGAAAGCUCCAAGUUGAUGAUCUCUAAAUUGGCUGGUCAAUUAGAUAAUCUCGAAUCACACUCCAGCAAAAGUUCUAUACACUUCAUUACCCGCUUAUCUGCGUGCAGUGAAGAGCUCAGUGUCCUAAAGAACAUGUUACGCAAUCAUCUUGAUGAGCAGAAGAAAGUGCUCAAGGAAAAUGAUGAGCUGUCUUAUAGUUUGAGAAACAAAGAAAAGGUGAUGUUAGAAAUGGUUAGGAAUGCUGCUGAAGCAGAUCAAAAGAUGGUUCAACUUGAGAAGAUAAUUGAAGAGAAAGAUGGCGAGCUAGCAGCUAGAGUGCAGGAGAAAAGAGAAGCCAUCAAGCAGUUGAGUGACACAAUUGAUUACCAUAAGAACAACACCGAUGAUCUGGUCCGCUACAUUCGCAGCCACAACCGUCCUCGCCUUCCAUUUUGCCUGUAAAUCUGCUUACCAAAAAGUUCAUUGCCAGUGCAUGUAAAGGUAGCAGCUUAGCUGUGAACAUAAAUACAUAAUUAUUGCCAAAGUAAUUUUUUCAUGUAUCACACAUGGUGCUCGAAUACAUUAUGGAUGUAGUCAAAUAGGCUGUGGCUUGUGUAUCCGAUUGGCAUUGGGUGUGCUAAAACACCUUUGUUCCUUCUAUUUUAUUAUUCUAUUGGAAUAUGGCUGAAGACUGAGUUUGCUGCUCUGAA